AACAAGUCCGAAUUCCCUACAGCCGCAACCGCGAGCAGAAAUCCCUAACCUGUCCCGACCCAACUCGCCGACGCCGCCGCGCCGUCGCCAAGGAACCCUAGCGGCGUGUUGAUGGCGUCGACGGAGGAGCAAGUCUUCCUUGGAUCGAGGAACCUGUCGUAUCACAGCGCCCACUACCCCGACGCUAGCGCCGAUUGGGAUUACCCGGAAGACCCAGGCGAUCGGCGGGAGGGGGUGGAGGUUGCCGAGCUCCAUGACCAGCCGGCGCGCAUGAGCACAUCAUAUUCAGAUCCAUGUGAAGUCGCCAGGCGUGCCUUGGACCUCAUGUUCCCGCGGGAGGAGGACAGCGAUGACUGCUGGGGCACCUGGAGCGCACGGGAGGAGGGCACUGAUGACGACGAUGAACAAGGAGGGGAAGGAGUCGAUGACUGUAGCACACAGGAGGGCAGCGAUUAUGAAGACGACGACCGCAAUUGCCAAGUGAUACUAGCCGAGACAAACUGUCCAGGAAAGCUCUACCCCAAGAGUGAAGCAGAUGAGAUAGAUGACAAAUGGGUACAUAGGUACUCCCAACAGCUUAGUGAACACGAGAAGCUGUGCAGGGAGAUUAUGGCUCUGCGAGGUGAUGAUGAUGAUGAUGAGGAGGAGGAGGAGAAGGAUGAUGAUGCUCUCCUUGCCCCGUCUGUCCCAUGAGAGUGUUCCCUGACGCAACAGGUGCCUGCGUCCUUGGGCUCAACUGCCACCACCGUAUCUACAAGACCCAUGACACUUCUACCACCCCAUCAACUCUUGGAGAGCGCACACCAAGUUAUAUGCUACAAUUAUUCUCCAUGCGUCUAUCAAGCUUUGAACCCUCGUAUCCCAUUAGUGUGUAUGGAAUAUGUGCCAUUCGGGAUUACUUGGACCCACGACGGAACUACGUCUUUAACCGUCCCAGGGAUGACGCUGUCACGAUUGAAAAGAAGGGUUCCUUUGUCAUACCACUUUGUAGCCCUUGUCGAGGAAUGUAUUUGUUGGAUAAGGCUUUAGUAGAAGUUGAUCUUUGGGUAAAGAAAGAAGGGGAUGAAUCAGAUGACAAGCAACUACUUUCUGCAUAUGCUGAGAUUGAUGUCCGGACUGAAGCUGAUCUCAUGCUUUAUGAACGGAUUUCUGGUGAUAAUUGCAAUUUGGACUCACUAGUAGAAAAGGGGGCUUUUGUCCC